GAGGCGACAAGACACGAGAAAAUGGUGGGUGCUCACCGAGCCCGGUGAGUCCCAAACAGGACUACUGACGCGCAUUUCACGGCAUGUCUCUGCUCAGCUCGGAAAAGACUAGCGUCGUAGCGCGGCAGACGACUAGCUUGGAUCUUUUUAGGUCUCGGAGGAGGCCAGCACAUGGUGCCGCCGAGCCCCGUGCGCCCGGAGCGCAGGCUGGCAGACUGAAUGAGGCCCCAUCGAGCGGCCAGCGCAUUGCCGGGACCAAUUACUCCGCCACUAUUGACGGCUGGCAUCGAUUGCCGGCAACAAGGUCCCAGGUCCAUUCCACUGCAGCCGGCCAGGUCACCUCCGCACGCCCGCACGCCCGCACGGCCCCGAGGCUGGCAGGAAUCUCAUCUCACCGCACGACGUCACUCUCACGUCAAAACCGUCUUGACGAGCGAAACGGAGGCCUGGCCUCCGUUAUCUUCGGGCUUUGUAGGAGCCUGACGCACGUUCCGAGAGGGGAUAGGGGAGGACCACAGCGGCUGGGCACGUGGCCCCGACCCGGCCGCGUCCGCCUAGACUGUGCUGCGGCAGCCUACGUCUCACAUGACGCAUGGCGGCAUCGCUGUUCGGGUGCGCAGAGGCCGCCGCCGGCGCGUGCUGGCCGUCUGUUCAAUGGCCUGAGCCGGGAACCCAAGGACGGAAGUGGCCGAAGCCCAACCUCGGCGACGUUCCUCCUAUCAAAACUCGACGGGGUGAUUUAUUAUGUUAAUGACGCGCCGUCCCAAGUCCUCAAGGAGGACGGGAGAAUGGAUGGACGGGGACAGGGGGAGAUGCGCCCGGAGCAGGCAGGCAGGCUGCAACAGCCCGGUGGGACUUCCCGCGGCGCCCGCGCGUGGGUGGGUGGCGCGCACAGCCGUGUGCCGCCGGCUGGCACAAAACCCAAGUGCCACCAGCGCGGAGGCCGGAACCAGUGUCCCGUUAUCGUGGCGGCCCCACCCGGUCACAGCGCCCUGUGCUACACGAAGGGAGAGAUCCCUUUGGUCGGGGGAGGAGGGGGGGAAAGGGCUAAGGCAUCGGCGAGGUUUGUCUCUGGCACUAACGCCACCGCCACCGCCGCGGUUCGCAAUCUCGGAGGCGCGCAACACAGAAGGGGGCACGGGGCCAAGGGGCGAAGCGCGUGGGACGACAUGACGGACGGAUGGACGGGCGGGCAGCGACGUCGGCGGCGUCGGCCAUUCCGAGAUUGCCCCGUCGGGUGGGGGCAGCAGCGGCGGUGGGAGUGGGUGGUGAGAUUGACGAUGGGUGUGUGGUAGUGGUGACAAGACGCG